UGUCUGUUUUCAGAUAUCCAAGAGCGGGGGUUCCGUACAAGGCGAGCUGGAGGUAUAGGAAGUGGAAGUGGCGGAAUUGGAUCAAAAUCUGACCGUGAUAAAGCCAAAUGGAACAUCUUUACUGACAUGCUUGGUGUAACAAAGAAAAACAAAGAAGAUACGAUCGAUGGAUGGAAUCAGUACGACUCUGAGCUAAAAAAGUUGCCCGAGGCACAACAAAAAACUUACACUGAGGGAUUCGUGAAAGGUCUUCUGGCUUCAAAAUCUCAAGGCGCCUCACCUACGAAGAAGUCGAAUACUCUCACUCGUUUUUACAUCUUCUUGGUAGCGUGCAUAUUCCUCGGAUAUUUGACUGGCGCUAUUCGUGUUCGAAUAGGCGAUCGCCAAUUUGGUUCGCUCUUCUUCUCCAACACUCAGGAGGUGAAACCAGAGGACGUUCAAGUCACUUUCGACGACGUACGAGGCAUGGACGAAGCAAAGCAAGAAGUCGAAGAAAUUGUAGAUUACCUACGUGAUCCGGACAAGUACUCUCGUCUUGGAGGCCGACUUCCAAAGGGUGUAUUGUUAGUGGGACCUCCUGGGACUGGCAAGACUCUUCUUGCGAGAGCUAUUGCUGGUGAAGCACAGGUCCCCUUUUUCCACACAUCUGGCUCGGAAUUCGACGAAGUUUUAGUCGGUCAAGGAGCCCGCAGAGUACGCGAUCUAUUUGACAAGGCCAAAGCAAGGUCGCCAUGCAUAAUUUUCAUCGACGAAAUCGAUAGCGUUGGAUCCAAGCGAGUCUCCAACAGUAUACAUCCAUAUGCAAAUCAGACGAUUAAUCAGCUUCUCAGCGAAAUGGAUGGUUUCAACAGGAACGAAGGUGUCAUAGUGAUUGCAGCGACGAACCGCGUAGAUGAUUUGGAUAAGGCUCUACUUCGCCCUGGUCGUUUCGAUGUACGAGUAACUGUUCCAAAACCAGAUCUGGCUGGCCGUGUGGACAUUUUCAAUUUCUACUUGGGAAAGAUUGUACAUUCUCCACUUGUCGAUCCCAAAACAUUAGCCAAAGGUUCCACGGGCUUCACGGGGGCUGAUAUUGAAAACAUGGUCAAUCAAGCGGCUCUAAAGGCGGCCACGGAAUCUGCACCAGAGGUUACGAUGGCUCAUCUGGACGAGGCCAGAGAUAGAGUACUCAUGGGUCCCGCUCGCACUGGAGGUCGAAUACCAGAUGAAGAAGCAAAUAGGAAUACCGCCUUCCACGAAGCUGGACAUACCCUUGUGUCUCUGUAUACAAAACAUGCAACGCCUCUCCACAAGGUUACCAUAAUCCCACGUGGUCAAUCACUCGGUCACACUGCGAUGUUACCCGAAAAGGACGAAUAUCAAAUGACGAAAGGCCAAAUACUUGCUGCCUUAGAUGUUAUGAUGGGGGGAAGGGUUGCAGAGGAACUCAUCUUUGGUGAUGAUAUGGUUACUACUGGUGCUGCCGAUGAUUUGAAGAAGGCCUCGAUGUUGGCUGUGCAAAUGGUGAAAGCAUUUGGAAUGAGCGAAAAGGUAAUGGAUUCUUGCGAACAUGAGAUUCGAGAGACAUAA